AGCUAGGGGUUCAAGAUCAGGGUGCCAGCAUUUUCUGUUCUGGUGAGGGCCCUUUGCCAAGUUGCAGACAGCUCAUUUCUUGUAUUCUCAAGAGUUUUUCUUAUCAUAAAGCUAAGAAAAUCCCAAAGCAUAUGUCAAUGGAUCAGCAAGACCUAGAUCCAGAUAGUACUACAGAUGUGGAAGAUGUUAUAAAUACUGAAGAAGAACUUAUUAAAGAGUGUGAAGAAAUGUGGAAAGAUAUGGAAGAAUGUCAGAAUAAAUUAUCGCUUAUUGGAACUGAGACACUCACUGAUUCAAAUGCUCAGCUAUCAUUAUUAAUUAUGCAAGUGAAAUGUUUAACUGCUGAGCUCAGUCAAUGGCAGAAAGAAACACCUGAAAUAAUUCCCCUUACUGAAGAUGUUCUUGUAACAUUAGGAAAAGAAGAGUUCCAAAAAUUGAGACAUGAUCUUGAAAUGGUGCUAUCCACUAUUCAGUCAAAGAAUGAAAAAUUAAAGGAAGAUCUAGAAAGGGAGCAGCAGUGGUUGGGUGAACAGCAACAGAUUAUGGAAUCUCUUAAUGUACUACACAAUGAAUUGAAAAAUCAAGUUGUCACAUUUUCUAAAUCAAGAAUCUCUAAUGAGCUGAAAACUAAAAUGCUCAAUAUAAAGGAAUAUAAGGAGAAACUCUUGAUUACCUUGGGUGAGUUUCUAGAAGACCAUUUUCCUCUGCCUGAUGUAAAUUUUAAAAAGAAAAAGCAAAACAUUGGAGAAUCAACUGCACAGCUGAUAACACUGCAUGAAAUAUUAGAGAUUCUUAUAAAUAGGUUAUUUGAUGUUCCGCAUGAUCCAUAUGUCAGAAUUAGUGAUUCCUUUUGGCCACCUUAUGUUGAGCUGCUGCUGCGUAAUGGAAUUGCCUUGAGACAUCCAGAAGACCCAACUCGAAUAAGAUUAGAAGCUUUUCAUCAGUAAAAGAAUGGUCUCUUUUUCACAUAGUAGAGAAUCUUGUCAUUCAUGGAUAAAGGAAACACAGGACUAUUUGGAUAAAGAACAUUACUUGCAAAUGAAAGCACAUAGUCCAUCUUCGUUUUAUCCUUAAAUGACAUGUACUGCCAUCUGUUAUUCAUUUAAAAAUGGUCCUUUCUUAUUUAGUCAGUGCUUUGGUGUUUUAAAGUAUAUGGACAAAAAUACAAGUAAACAAUAUUCUAGAUAUAAAACAUUUAAUGUGUACUUUACCUCAUGUAUUAUUCUUUGGAAAAUUCUUUCAACUUAGGAUAUUGUUAAUAUAAUAUUUUUCUUUUUAGCCUUAUAACAGUAGUAUAUUCAUUUCCAUUUGGUGUUUAACUCCUUUACAUUUAGAAAUUAUGGAAAGGUCAUUUAAUUUGUAGAUGACUUUUAAAUUGAAGUUAUAUCUGAGAUAAAAGGUGGCAUAAUUUCAAAAUAUUUAGCAAAUUUGUUUUACAUAUACUGUCUUAUUUCUGGAUUUGUUUAAAAUUGGAAUGUAAAAAAAUAAAUAAAACUAGCAUGAAAGCUAUAAUCUGUAUUAUAUACCAAGUGACAUUGACAUUAUAUAUUAAUCUACUCUUGAUUAUGUUAAAAGUUGUGCUCUUGACUUUUUGCCAAUCAGUGAAUUUUCUGUAAAUAAAAUUCU